GCCUGGGCUGGUGGGGAUGGGGAUCUGUCCAGCGAUACUGACUCCUUCUUGCUGACUGGCGAGCUCGAGGGCGCCGGCGCAGAGGCGCCCGCUUUUGAGGCAGCGCAGGGGGGGUCUCACACGGCGGGCCAGCGCCCCCCCAGCGCGGACACAGGCGCGCCCCUCGCGCGCCGACAAUGCGAGGGAAGCGGGGAGGGGACCACGGAGGAGGAGGAGGGGAGGGAGGAGGGGAGGCGGGGAGAGAUUCCCGAGGAAGGGCUCGCCGCCCUGGCGCCGCGGAGGCUCCUGGCCCUCCCGCGGCCGCCCCCCUCCGAAGGGCGGGCCGCGACGGCGGGGCCAGCCGUCCGGGCGCCGAGACGGGGGGCCUCCGGGUGCCAACGCGGAGCAGAUCGCUGCUGUGGGGCGUGGCUCGCCGUGGUGGCCGAGGCCCUCGAGACCCCCGCCGCUUGCCAGCGCCAGGGCCUUCGAAAAAGCAGCCCGCGAGCGGCGAGAGCGCGCAGACUGCGGGCCGCGCCCCGGGGCCCUGCCUCCGGCUCAGGGCCCGAGGCCCGCCGGCGCCUCCCACUGCGUGGCGUUCGUCGCCUUCGUCCCAGAAGUAGUGCCUCUGGUACUCCUCUGACCACACCUGGCGGCGCCUUCUCCCACGCCGUGGCGGCGGGCGGCGGCGGGGGCGGCGGUGGCGCGGCCAGGCCCACCGCGGGCUCGGCUGGACUGGGCGGAGGGCUGCGCGGGCCGCCGCGGGCGCCG